UCAGUCAAUGUCACUUCAGGUCUUCUCUUCGAUUAAUUUAAUUACUUAGUCCCAUAGAAUUUGAUUAACAAUCGAAUUAAAAAGACAUGUCUGCAAUGAGGACAAAUAUAUUGGUGCGGUCACUGAGCACAUCUGCUGCAGCAGCUCAGCUCGUAAAAGCUCCAGUUCAGGUGUUUGGAUUGGAAGGCAGAUAUGCAUCAGCUCUUUACUCAGCUGCGACCAAAAGCAAAACCCUAGAUGCGGUCGAAAAAGAACUUACACAAUUUCAGAAGUCUAUUAAAACUGAUGCCAAGCUCAAAGAAUUUAUCAUUAAUCCGACUCUGAAAAGGAACCUCAAAGUUGAUGCUCUUAAGCAUCUCGCAACAAAGACUAAUAUGUCAGCUACUACCAGUAACUUGCUCGGCAUCAUGGCUGAAAAUGGUCGUCUUGACAAAUUGGAGUCUGUGAUCAAUGCCUACAAGAUUAUGAUGGCUGCCCAUCGUGGCGAGGUAACAUGUGAAGUGGUAACUGCAAAACCAUUAGAUCAAGCCCAACGUCAAAAUUUAGAAGCUGCACUUAAGAAAUUCCUUAAAGGUAAUGAAACGCUUCAGCUGACAGCCAAAGUUGAUCCUUCUUUGAUUGGUGGUAUGGUGGUGUCUAUUGGUGACAAAUAUGUGGAUAUGAGUGUUGCUAGUAAAGUAAAGAAAUACACUGAGUUAAUCAGUGCCUCAGCAUAAGAAACAAAAAUUUAGUACUAUUUAGGAAAGCACGAAAUAAAUAAGCUGAAUCAGUU